CCAAUCACAGAUCCGUAAACGUCCACACUACCGCAGAGGGCCGGGCUUCGUGUCACACGAAUGGAGGCGAUCAGCGGGCAAACGUUUCAUUUCACGCAAUGAAAUGCGGUUUCCCACGGACACUGUUUAACAUUUCUACAUUUCCAUGCCACAGACGAUGAUGCGGGACCAGCAAAAAAGGGCGCUCGUCUUCGUGUGACCGAAGGGCGACGAGCACACGCGGCAUCGUCCAACGAGAGUACAUGAGAACCAAAAGGGAAGAAGGGCCCGCCGCCGCAGCCUUAGAGCUUCGGGAAAAAGUGGGUAGCGCCGCCUGACGGGCCGCCAGACGAACCGGGGAGCCGCCGUCAGGAAACCGCGGUGCUGAGAAACAGGUCUGCAAUAUCGGAGGGAGCGCCGCCAACAGCUCUCCUUAUGCCAUCACACACACGGCAAACACAUAAGAGACACGUUUGUGUGGCGACGGGACGAAGAUUAGUGUGCUCUGACACGAACCUUCAUUGACUGGACACAGCACUGUGGAUUCAGUUCAACGCCUCAGCACCUGUCAUACAGCGUCUUUCGUGAAGCACUUGGACAAUAUAUAAGACGAACCACAUUUUAAUACACGCAACCACACUGGACACCAGCAUGGACGAGCAGCAGGAGCAGGAGGAGGAGGAGGCGGAGGGGGUGUAUGUGGAGCACCAGUACAUGUGCAGUGAGUGCCACCAGCUCUAUAACACCCUCGAGGAGGUGCUGAUCCACCAGCAGAUCCACACUGGCCAAGAGGGAGACGGAGAGUUGGGGGAGGUCAUGACCUUCCAGGGUGUCGCAGAGAUGGGGCAAACCCAGCAGUACCAGUGUCUGGAGUGUGGGGCCCUCCUCAUGAACCCGGAGGAACUGCUGCAGCACCAGGAGAUGCACAUGAGAGAGGCGGGGAUGGAGGUGGAGCAUCAAGAGCUGUGUGAGGUUUUGGAGACAGAAGAAGGGUCUGAGGGUCAGCUGUCCGGGCCUGUUCAGUACCAGUGCCUCGACUGCCUGUCUCUGUUCGACUCGCCUGAGACGUGGCUGGAGCACCGGCGGACCCACAGCCGGAGCAGCACACACAGCAACACCGAGACCGUGGAGUAUGUGCUCCAGCCGGACGGCACCAUCACGCCACUGAACAACAUGCAGAACUACGUACUCAGUGAGCAGCAAGCCGGGGAGAUCUUGGCCCAGGUCCUCGCUCAGCAGCAGCAACAGCAACAGAUGAAACUCCAGUCCAAACAUUCCGCGCCCCCCCGCUCCUCCCUGCUGCCCCCCGUGACAGCUGUCCCUGGCUCUGCCACCAUGCACCUGCAGAUUCUCACGGCUCGAGCUCUGGCGGACAACUCGAGCGCCCCCGGCCAACGCCGCUCCAAGCUGCCCCCUCUGUUGCCCGCAAUGGGCCGGGGCGGGGACCAGAGGCUGGAGUUAAGGUUGGCCCCCAGUGUCCCGGAUGACACCCAGCAGCCAACAGAGGUGGUGGUCAUCCACCCGUAUGAGUGCUCAGAAUGCUCCCUUCUCUUCCAGACCCCGGAGGACUUCCUCCAGCACCAGGGAGAGCACUUCCUGGGUCAGGACAAGGAGAGUGGAGAGCCAGGCGUCAUGAGUGGCUUCGAGGAGGUGCGAGGGAGGGAGGAGACGGCGGAGAAGGGGGAGGACGUUAGGAUGAGGGUAGCGGAUAAGAAAGCGGCCGUCUGGGCCAAGUCCCAACAGUGCGAACUCUGCAAGCACACCUUCACCUCCGUCAACCGGCUCGCCGCUCACAAGCGCGUGCACGAGCAGGGCACGCACGAAUGCCCGGAGUGUGGCAAAGUGUUCAAGAAGGCGACGUCACUGCAGACGCACAUGCGCACGCACUCGGGCGUGGCCAGGUACUUGUGUGUGGACUGCGGCAGCGGCUUCACCACGGAGAUGACGCUCAUCAUGCACAGGAAGUCCCACAUCGCAGAUCCCCUUCACAAGUGUCAGUUCUGCAACAAAACAUUCACCAACAUGACCAAGUACCUCUACCACCGGAGGACCCACCUCAACCGCGACUCGCCCGGCACGCCCGCCCCCGUCUCCAUGUCCUCAGCUCCCAUGAGAGCGUCGCUCUCUGCACUCGCCAUUCUACGGCGAGCGAGAGAGAGGAGUUCUCUCACUGAGGAGGCAAAGGGCAACCUGCUGGCCCCGCUCUCUGAAGAUGAGAUGGAAACAAUGGGGGAAGAGGCCAUUCAGAGUUCUCAGAGCACAGUGGUGGUGGGUGAAGUGGGAAAUGGAGGGGAGGGCGACGACUUGGAGGCGGCUGCCCCACUGGAAGCAAACGCAGACGCCCCCCAACGGGUGGAGGACGCCACCGAGUCCGGCUCGGCUACAAACCGCGUUCCCCCCGACGACCCCGCCGUUUGCGUCGCAGCCGAAGCCGGAGCCGCUUCGGCCGCGUCCGCCGUCCCCUCUGACAAAGGGCUGUUCUCUUGCCGCUCGUGCCCCAAGAGCUUCCUCUCGCCGCUGCAGCUCGUUCACCACCGCCGCAGGUCCCACGUCGCCGAGCGCAGCUUCAGCUGCGGCGUCUGCGGCAAGUCGUUCAAGAAGCAGAUCCACGUGCGCAACCACAUCCGCAUUCACACCGGCGAGCGGCCCUUUCAGUGCUCCGACUGCGGCAAAACCUUCUCGUCUCUCGCCAACCUGACGAGGCACAACCUCAUCCACUCCGGCGUGCGUCCGUACCGCUGCGACGUCUGCCACCGCUCCUUCUCGCAGUCCUCCAACCUCCGGCAGCACAGCCGGCUGCACGCCGGCGCCGCGGCGCUGUGCUGCGCCGAAUGCCCCGCCACCUUCCGCUGGCCCACCAAGCUGGCGGCGCACCGCUACACUCGGCACGCCGGGGCGCCGGCCCCGUUCCCGUGUCCCCACUGCGAGAACGGCUUCCUGACCAGGAGGCAGCGGGACGGCCACCUUCUGGAGCGGCACCCGGCGCUGGUGCAGGCCGCCACGGGGGUCGACGCGGGCCAAGGCGACCGGGCCGAGUCGGGCCGAGACCCGGCGGAGGCGGAGUCGGGCGAUCCGGCCGGUCUCGUGCGCGGCGGCCUAGAUUGUAAUAUUUGCGGGAAGAAGCUCAAUUCUCCCGCCAACCUCCGGCUCCACAGGUUGAGCCACUUCGCCGCCGCCGCCGGGCGGCCGCGCGGCGCCGCCGGGCUGCGGCCCAAAGCCCACCAGUGUCUCACCUGUGGCAAACUGUUUGUGUCGUCCUCCGGAGUCGCGCUCCACCAGCGGGUCCACACCGGCGAGCGGCCGUUCCCGUGCAAAGUGUGCGGCAAGUGCUUCCGCCAGAACACGCACCUGCGCGAGCACCUGCGCACGCACUCGGGCGAGCGGCCGUUCCGCUGCGAGGUGUGCGGCAAGGGCUUCAUCCAGAGCAUGCACCUGGCCGAGCACCGGCGGACGCACACGGGCGAGCGGCCGCACGUCUGUCCGCAGUGCGGCAAAGCCUUCAAGACCUUCUCCAAUCUGAGGAACCACAAGAAGACCCACGCCCGGCAGCAGCGGCUGGACCAAGAGGCCGCCGCCCGGGGGGCCGCCGCGGAGGAGGCCAGCUCUGCUGUGGCGGUGGCGGACGCGUCGGUAGUGGAAGUCGCUAACGGGCAGCCUCAGCUCAUCCAGAUCCAGGCCUCAGAUCUUCUGCAGACUCGGGGCACUCCCACGAUCGUGUGCAACGAGUUCGGGGAGACCAUCGCCAUCAUCGAGACCAGCGAGGGAGAAGUGCUGCCCCUGGAGCAGGCCUUGGAGAUCUACCACAGCGCGCUGGAGAACGGCCUCGCCAUGGACACGGGCGCCAUGGAGGGGCUGCAGCUCCUCUGAGCACGACGGGACUCGCAAAAUACGUUAUUCUGCCAAGUUGAUGAGUUCAGUGUCUUAAAACUGACUGACAAAGACUAAUUGACUACUGAGAGGUUGAGUCCAGAUCGUUAUGGACUGAGUGGAUAUGGAGUUCAGCCAUCAGACCAAAGUAACUCAUCCUCCGUCUUUUACUAAGCUAUGAGCGGGAUUACAGUUUAUUUGAAUAACGCGUAGUGAAAGGCAGGAUGUGGCAUUCAUGACGAAUGACUUUGAUUGUGCCUCGGAUGACAUUUGUUCGAUUCAUUUUUAUCAUUUAUAUGAAAUUAAUGUGACUUUUCCUCUGUUUAAAGGUUUGGUUGUGCUGUUGUAAAUAAGUGAAAUCAAUAAAUGUUUUUUCAUGGUGA